CGACAUGAACCUGGAGGGUGAAGACGCCGACAACGCAUCGGCAACCCCCCUCCCCCUUCCACGUCGAGGCGUCGUCGAGCGAGACUCACGCACGAUAUCGCGAGAGCUGGACCGCCAUCUUGGCCUGGCACAGAAACGACAACAGACAGCCACUAGAGAUCCGAACCGGCCUUCCCUGACUGAAAUCCGGGCAUUAAACCGCCUGGCGGGAAUCGAUCCGGUCCUCGACUACAUGGGGGAGGAUUUCGCACAACAGACGGCGCCAACGCUUCGUCACAGCGCACAACUACCAACGCAGGAGCAGUUCGAACAGGCACCCGUCACCGAGGACGACCCUGGAAAAGCCCUGGCAUGGAAGUUGCUGGAACGAGACACACUGCAGACGCAGCGUCAGGCCUUCGCUGUCGGGACGCAGGCGAAUCACCGCACACAGUUUCGGGCCUACCUAGCCUUCUGUCACUACUUCAACAAACCGGCCUUCCCGGCUACAGCACAUCUCCUCUCGUGUUACGCGCAGUUCCUUGGGCGAUCUCUGAAGUGUCCAGACAGCAUCUCGCACUACCUCUCCUCUGUGAAGCUCCUUCACCAACUCAACGGCGUCUAUUCCCUCGACUUACAAGCCUUCGAAAUAAAGCAGACCUUACGGGGGCCUGAAAAAGACUCUCCAGCACCGACCCCGGGAAUCAAGACCGGUCACCCCAGAAUUACUAAAUCGUCUACAUCGCCAUAUCGAUCCCGCUAACCUCCAAGGACGCGACCAUCUGGGCGAUCCUACUCCUCGGUUUCUUCGCAUACUUCCGAAAGUCAAACCUCGUCCCGUCCUCUACUAAAGCCUUUGAUCCGCACAAACACCUGCGUCGUCGCGACAUCGCCGUCGCCACAGAGGGUCUCGUCCUUCGAAUCUCCUGGUCAAAAACGGUUACAGGCCAACGAGAGAGAAGUCCUGGCACCAAUCCUGGCCAUACCAGGUUCCAACCUUUGUCCAGUCAGCGCCUACAAAAACAUGCUACAUCUCGUCCCAGCAACCCCGGACUCCCCAGCCUUCCUGCUCCCACCUUCCACAAACCGUCCCGCACGACCGGUCACCGCCUCUAUUCUAGAGAAGUCCUUCAAACGUCUCCUGUCCCAAGCCGGCCUGCCACCGAGUUCGUACACCAUACACGACUUACGACGCGGGGGCGUACACCUUAGCAUUCGAAGCUGGGGUGCCCCGGGAAUUACGCCAGCAACACGGGGAUUGGCGAUCGAACGCCGAUCUCCUGUACCUCAAGCUCUCCAUGGCACAACGACUCCGCCUACCUGCAGCUAUGCGCCGACUUCUCUUACUCCGCACCACCUGACUCUCCUAACGCGGUCCCUUCCUCCUUCUUGGCACACACCUCGCAUGCGCUCGGCUUGGCCGUCGAUGUCCGUGACAACCAUCAACCUUAUGUGCAUUAAACGACAUCGAGUGCCAACCCGUCGGACUCUUCUUCAUUGCGUGGUGUAAUUGUGUUGGUAUGGCCAAUCGGGGUCAUACCGGGGAAUUUCACCCGCCAGCAUCACGUGACCUGAGACACGCAACUUCCGGUAGCAGAGCGUCUUGACCACACACGGCGCGGCUACCGCCUCGAAGGGACACGACUCAGCGAACUCUUCCAAAA